AUGGCCGCCAAAGUGUUUGAGUCCAUCGGCGAGUUUGGCCUGGCCUUAGUUGUUGUAGGAGGCAUGCUGAACUCUGCCUUACAUAAUGUGGAUACUGGUCACAGAGCUGUCAUCUUUGACCGAUUCUGUGGAGUACAGGACAUUGUGGUAGGGGAAGGGACUCACUUUCUUAUCCCAUGGGUACAGAAACCAAUUACCUUUGACUGCUGUUCUAGACCACGUAAUGUGCUAGUCAUCACUGGUAGCAAAGACUUACAGAAUGUCAACAUCACACUGAGCAUCCUCUUCUGGCCUGUUGCUAGCCAGCUUCCUUGCAUCUUCACCAGCAUCAGAGAGGACUAUGAUGAACGUGUGCUGCCAUCCAUCGCUACCAAGAUCUUCAAGUCAGUGGUGUCUCGCUUUGAUGCUGGAGAACUAAUCACCCAGAGAGAGCUGCUCUCCAGGCAGGUGAGUGACAAGUUUACAGGGCCAGCAGCCACCUCUGGGCUCAUCCUGGACGAUGUGUCCUUGACGCAUCCGACCUUCGGGAAGGAGUUCACAGAAGCGGCCACAGCCCUGAUGAUUCUUAACACCACCUUCCUUCUGCCCCUAUCCCAGAAAUCACUGUGA